UAACGCAAAAAUCCUAAAUAGUCUAUAAAAAGUUGGCCCCAAGUCACAUAGGUAGGACAGAUUUAUAGACCAUCGAUUCCCGUGAUCUCUCCGUCUCCCUUUCUCGAAGCCUCCUCCUUUGUAUUGUUCUUUUUCAUUUUCCUGGAAAAUUUUGUUGUUGAUGGGGAGGUCAGGAUUGUUUGAUCUGGAGAAGCACUUUGCCUUCUACGGGGCAUAUCACAGCAACCCAGUUAAUAUUUUGAUACAUACUUUGUUUGUGUGGCCAAUCCUUUUCUCUACUCUUCUUCUUAUGUACUUUACGCCAUCUCUGUUCAAUUUCCCAUAUGGGUUUGAUCCUGGCUAUGGACUUAUUUUGAAUCUGGGGUUCGUUUUUACUGUUAUCUAUAGUCUGUUCUACGUCUGUUUGGACAACAAAGCUGGCUCUUUGGCUGCUUUGCUCUGUUUUCUUUGUUGGGUUGGAGCCAGUCUUCUUGGUCAACGCCUUGGCUUCUCAUUGGGAUGGAAGGUUGGACUGGCAGCUCAAUUGGUGUGUUGGACAGGGCAGUUUAUAGGACAUGGGGUGUUUGAGAAACGCGCACCAGCUCUUCUGGACAACCUUGUUCAAGCCUUCUUGAUGGCUCCUUUCUUUGUUUUGCUUGAGGUUCUUCUGUCUGUUUUGGACUAUGAACCUUAUCCGGGGUUUCGCACAACUGUGGAAGCAAGGAUUAAUGCUGAUAUCCAAGAGUGGCAAGAAAAGAAGCAAAAAAAAAUCUCUUAAAACUGGUGUUGAACAUAGUUCGAUGAUUAUAAUUUUAGAACCCUUUGGAGAAGGGGUAAGUAAGAAAGGCCAUGUACAUCGGUGCUUGUUUAUCAUACUGAUUGUACACUUUUUCUCAUAUUAAGAAUGUACCAUGUGCCUUUUCAAAUUAUGUCCAAGGUCCAAAAAUUAUAAAGUAUCUUUACCUGGUUGAACUA